AUGAGUUUUUCCGAUAAAGUAAUUUUAAUUACUGGUGCAGGAUCGGGUUUCGGCAAGGGUAUAGCUAUCCACUUUGCCAAAUUAUCUGCAAAACUUUCGCUUGUAGACACAAAUCCUGAAAACUUAAACAGUGUUGCGCAAGAGUGUGAAAAUAUAAGUAAAAUAAAAGUUUUCAAAGUGUCCACAGACAUUACGGUCAGAGAUAAUGUAAAAAAUGCUGUCAAUGAUACGAUCAGUCAGUAUGGGAAAAUAAACGUACUAAUAAACUGUGCUGAAAUUGGCAGCAAAGUUGGUAUUACCAGUCCAAAUCUGAUGACGGAAAUGGAAAAAAUUAUUGCCGUCAAUUUAAAAGCAGCAAUAACAUUUACCCAUUAUGCUUCCGAUUCUCUUAUAGAGAACAAAGGAAAUGUUAUUAAUAUUGCCAGUUUGUUUGCGACUACUGUAAUAAAGGAAGCCUUGCCGUAUAGCGUGUCGAAAGCUGGUUUGGUACAUUUUACGAGAUGUGCGGCCUUGGAACUGGCAGACAAGGGGGUAAGAGUGAAUUGUAUAUCACCAGGGCCAGUUAGAAGUCAGAAUGUAAUGGGUGAUUUUGAUACAAAGGAAGAAAAUGAUAUAUAUUGGGAUACCUGGGCUAAGGAGGCUCCUUUGAGACAUUCAGUAACUGAGGAUGAAGUAGCCGAUGUUGCAGAAUUCUUAGCGAGUGAUAAAUCCAGGAGUGUUACCGGAACAGACUAUAUUAUUGAUUGUGGAUGGUCCCUUCAAAAAUGUUAA